AUGUUCGGGCGAUCAAACGUUCGACCUACUGGACGGCCGAUAGCAGCCAAUAAUCGAACACCGGUCAAUCCGGGCAAUGGUGCAAUAGGGCGAUCACAACCCGUUGCUCGAGGCCCACAAAAUCGACAUGAAGAUGAAUCACCCUCAUCACAGGCCCGUAAUACUGGCCGACAACAACAUCAACAACAGCGAGCAACAGGUGGUGCCGCAGGCUAUGGAGAAUAUGAUUAUUUAUAUAAAAAUUCUCCCGGAGGAAAUGGAAAUCCACCAGUGGAGCCGAAGUUUGCGCUAUGUUAUAUUUGCGGCCGAAAAUAUGGAACGCAAUCGAUUGAUAUCCACGAGCCACAAUGCUUAGAAAAAUGGCAUUAUGAAAAUGCUAAGUUGCCACCUAAUCUACGCCGGCCAGCACCGCGUAAACCUGAUGUUCAUAUCGGCAAUGGGGGAAGCUACUCGCUUGACGAAAUCAAUAAUGCUGCAUACGAAGCAUCCAAAGGUCAGCUUGUUCCAUGUCCGAAUUGUGGACGUAGAUUUGCUUCUGACCGUAUUCAAGUGCACCAACGAAGUUGUAAGCCAGGCAAUACGGCUAAACCUGUGGCCGGAGGUACCCCUCCAAACAAUGGCUCUUCCGGACGUAUGGCUGAACGAUCCUAUCAGCAAACAGAAAAUACUUCCUACAAUGAUUUCGAUGAUACACCAAUUGGACCUUCAGCACGUGGUGGCGGUGAUUACAACACUGUAUAUCAAAACAAUGCUUAUGCUAGCAAUACUGGUGAUAGGUUCUAUCCAUGCCCUACGUGCAAUCGAACAUUUGCAGGUGAUCGUAUCCAACAACAUGAGAUAGCGUGUCGAAAAUCUCAUAAACAGCGUCGUGUAUUUGAUUCAACUAAGCAAAGAGUAGGAGGCACAGAAGCGGCAGCUUUCUACAGUAAAGCAAGAGCAGGCAGAGGCAGAAACGAAACUGGUCGACCUCAGGCUCCCAAAUCCAAUUGGAAACAGAAACACGAAGAUUUUAUUCGAGCUAUUCGUUACGCCAAACAAGCAACCAAUUAUGAGAGAUCAGGAGGUCGUCUAGCCGAUUUACCACCUCCACCGGCUUCAUUAAAUUCUGAUUACGUUCAAUGUCCGUAUUGUGGACGUAAUUAUGCACCAAAUGUCGCCGAACGGCAUAUUCCCAAAUGCGUUAAUAUUCAAAAUAAACCUCGACCACCUCCACCACCAAUCGUCAAUCGAUUGGGAAGUCAGCCACGUCCAGGUGGUAGUGGUGGAACGGGUUAUGUAAACAAUCGCGUACCUAUUGCCAAUUAUACUAGUUCAUCUGGUGGUUUUAACAAUAAUGCACCUUCACGAGCUCCAAAUCGAUCUGUACGCGGUGGCCGGUACUAA